GCUGCUCCCGGAGUUUGCAGAACAGCGCGCAGUUCGGACGAACAUUGGGGGCUCGCUGUCUUCAGCUGUCCGGAGGAAUGGCCCCAGCGCUGCAUCUCCUGUGGGCUCUGAUGGUCCAUUUACCAGGUAUCCUGGCGGCCCCAGUUGUCACACAGACCGCAGUGUUCGGACCUGUCUCCGCGGGACAAACCGUCCGCUUAGAGUGUUGGAUGCGUAACGGAAAUGUUGCAAGUUACAGCAUGUACUGGUACCGACAGCGUCCUGGGGAGAGUCUAGAGUGGCUGAUCGGACAUGGUACGAAUAAUGACAUUUAUAGAGAAAACAGGUUCACUGACCGUUUCCAGCCGUCCAGAGACACCUCCAACAACAGUCACAUCCUGACCAUCGGCAGCCUGGAGCCCCGGGACUCCGCCGUCUAUUACUGUGCGGCGUGGGAUAGUGGAUGUAUCUUCGGCCAGGGGACAUUUCUAGAUAUAAAGAGUGGCGAGUCCAGGAAGCCCUCGGUUCUCCUGCUCCCUCCCUCUCGGGACGAAACCGGCACGGGCUCGGCCACUCUGUCCUGCCUGGUGAGCGGCUUUAAGCCGGGCUUGGUGGCGCUGCGCUGGAGCGUGGAUGGCGUCGAGACGGAGAGUGGGGUGACGACAGGGGCCGUGUCCCCGGACACCGACCAGACCUACAGGCUGAGCAGUUACCUGCGGGUCUCCGCCGCUGCCUGGAACAAGGGCUCGAGCUACUCCUGCAGCGUGAGCCACAGUUCGCUGAGCUCGCCUCUGCGCAACACCAUCUCUUCGUCCACCUGUGCGCAGUGAGGCCGCGCCAGUUGGCAGCACACGCGGAUUCUUUGCUCCGGUUUAAUGCAGUGAAACUUUCAUUUUUAAACAUUCGGGUUUUCCCAGAAACGGACAUUACAACCGUCUUGAGCAAUGAAAUUGUGUCGGAAUGUCCGCUUCGGGCAACAAACGGAAUGUUCAGUAAUUUCAGAAUUGAGAGCGAUCACUGUCCGCCUUUUACGACGCGCAUUUCUCUCUAGAAUUGUUCCCACUGUCCUGUGUCUGAACUUCCGCUGUGUGUAGAACGGGGAGAGAUUCCCCUGUAGACGGUGACCGUGUUGUGGUGGGAUCUUGUAUAACACAG